AUGCGAUGCGCGAGCAAGGCCGCCGAGAGCGCGUCCGCACGUCUCUGUGCGGACGCCGAAGCAGAAACCACAGCAACUGAUGUCUCAUCGGUUGCUGAAGCGACCCAGCCUGUGUCACUUGGUGAUGCAGGCGCUGGUCAUGAAGACACUCAUGUCUUCACAGAGUACGAGCUCGGUGUCUCGUACUCUCCUGGUACGAAAGACGGAUCCGUAUCGAUGGAGAUUGAAUCCAAGCCGCCUGCCAAGCGUGGCAUGGAUGAUGCUUUGCGUCGUAGCAUCUUUGGUUCAUCUGAUGAAUCAGAUGAACCAUCGCCGAAGCGAAGGCGCUCGAGGUCGCGAGACUCAGGCGCUCACAGUGGUGUCGGUUCUCCUAUGGACACCACUUCGCAAUGA